CGUUUAAGGGCGUUCCCAAGGGCCGGUGCCAGGUGGGCGAUCGAGAGAAGAACCGAACGACCUCGUGUUCCAGGUGUGGAUACGUGGGAAGCCUAAGCGUCAUAUGGAACCAUUCACCACAAGAUCAUUUGGAUUCAUUUGGAAUCUUUGGUUUUUUAAGGGCAGCUAGCAGCUAGGUAAUGCUAGGUAUUGCAGCCUGCGCACGAACAAUUGAGUAGGUGGCAUCAAUGACAAUACUGGCCCAUUUGAUGUGAGGGCAGCCAAUGAACUAUCGUUACUAUGCAUGCCUCGAUGGAAACCGAGCAGGUGGGCGCACGGGCGCGAACUUGCCACCAUGCUCACUGGUGCCAACAUGUAGAGGGGAAACGCAUUCAGUUGGCUCAAAGCAGCACGCCCAUGCCUAAGUCAAUGUAAGCGUCAUUGUUCCCGAAGGGAAACAUUGUCAUUUUCGUUUAUGCCUCGGUAUGGUGAGGAUUCACGUCCGAAGGCCGCAGAGGAACUCGACAUGAAGCCCGAAGCUUUGGCACAUUUGCACAAGCUGCACAGCCGUUUGGGCAGCGAGGUUUGGACUGAAGAGUCCCGAAAAACACAGAGUUACCGUGUGGAUAACGGUUUCUUGAAGGCUCAGUCUGUAGGCCUUGGCUUUCGGAGAAGCAAAGACAUGAAGGAUUUGGUGCCUGAUACGGUGGUGCCUUGGGGAAGCCGCAUUCAAGGUGUGGAUGAGGGUGAUGGUUGGUUGCGGCUGGGUGCCAACUAUUUGCCCUUUUUCGUGCAUGGCAUUCCAGUGAUUUCCCCGGACGGAUCAAGACAAUUGAGCCCUUGGAGUUCUCCACGCAGUGUGAGCGAAAAAGGGCAGGGCUCGAUGCAGUCGCUGGCAGGCGCCAAAGUGGCUGAGGCUGGUGCUCCAUGGCCGAGGAGCCCAGGUAUGCUGGGAGGGGCAGGCACCAUCAGUAGGACACCAGGGCCCAGCCCUAUUGAAGCCAACGUUGUGCCUUUGUCACCGCCCAUGCCAACAGCGCCCUUCGACUUUGCUUCGCUCAGGGAGUUGGUGCGUUUGCUGCGCGAGUGUCACAAGAAGGUCUCGAAAGGUUUGCGGCCGAACGAAGAGUUGCAGAUGCUGGAGCAAAUUAGAAGAUCUUUGGCAAACGAUUUGGCAAUGCAUCAACGCAGUGGAGUGUGGCACUACCUUUUACAGGAGAUCUUGCUCACGCAAGAUGCGAUCGAGGGCAAGUACCCGUCAUCCGAAGCCAAGCAGCCACCAGGCACCAAGGUGCCCAGCUCUCCCUGGCGGGAGUGGGAAGAGUUCAAAAAAACUGCUCUCCCAGACAGUGAUGAAGAUGAACCUCCCAGAAGACGAGCAGAUGAAACCACCCCCAGCUUGGUCGGUCCCAUCUUGACCGAAGCCUUGAGCGGAAGCGGCGCGGCGGCGCUCCUGGACGCGGUUCCCGCGGCGCUGAGAACGCAUCACCGACACCAACCUCAGGAGGUCGAAGAUCGGUGUGUCGAGCUCGAACGGCACGUGGCACGUGUGCGGCAGGCACGGCACGCACGCCAGCGUUAGGAUCACCAUGGAGAUGUCGAGAUGAAUCGUGAAACCUGGCGAAACUCGAGGUGUUUGCUCCAAUUGGACGGAGUAUAACUGGAGUUCACUUCCUGUUGCCCCGCAUGCAUGAAUGCACAUGCGGUUCAGGCUCGUUGCGCAAUGCCGCAAGGCCAGGACGGCAGAGAUGCCCGUGCUGAUUCAUGCCACG